AUGUCGGCAACCGCCACAACUGCAUUCAAAUCACCAUCCCACACCCACAGUCAUUCCCAUUCCCAUUCCAAAUCGCAUUCUCACUCCCACUCCCACUCACAAUCCCGCUCUCGCGUUUCUACCACUCCUCGCCCACCACCCAGCGUAGCCUCGGUCGGUCAAUCGAUGCCACCUCUACUCACUCCCAACGUCAAUCCAUUUGCUCCUCAAAACUCGAAAGAUCCAAAGAGUCCGAGCCCGAGUUAUUUUGGCUUUGUGGUUGGAAACGACGAUAGCAUCCCCCCCGACUCAAAUCCAGGAAAUCAUGCCCGACAAAACUGGAAUCUCCCGACCAACUCGUCUCAGACCACCAUGGCUCCCACACGUGCCGUCGAAUCAAACCCCGAGUUCGAAGCCUUUCGAAGACAGUCGGAACACAAUCAUCGCUUCACUCUCAACUCGUCAGUCUCGUCAUUAGCCCGCCCAUCUCAAUCCAGGACCACGUCGUCCAAUACACAAAUCGAAUCUCCUCUAUCGCCUUUGAGUAAACGACCAAUGUUGGAACGGAACAAGACAUCGAGAGAAGUUUCUUUGCCGCAGGAUGUCAAAAUGGGAGAAGCGUCAUUCUUCGACAUACCCCGGCGGCAGUCCCCUGCCAUGAUGACCCAUACACACAGCGUAGCCGACCAUCAGCAUGCAAGACUCUCACUACCCAUGAGCGGUGCACUUACUCCACCCACUUUCAACCUGAAUAGACAAACUAUCAGGUCUGACACACUUCCUCCUUCCAGUGACAAGGACUCGCAACCCAUCGUCUCGGCCGCACAAAUUCGAGAUCUCCUACAAACCAGUGCCGAGAAAACGUUGAUCCUCGACCUCCGGGUAUAUCAACAAUUCACCACAUCCAGAAUUCGUGGUGCCCUCAAUUUAUGUAUACCAACAACCUUACUCAAGCGACCCGCUUAUAAUGUACAGAGACUGGCAGAUACAUUUUCUUCCGAGUCCGACCGAGAAACUUUUGCUAAAUGGGAACGAUGUACUCAUAUUGUUGUCUAUGACGCCAACUCAAACCUGGCCAAAGAAGCUCAAACUCCGUUGAAUGUGCUCAAAAAGUUCACCACUGAAGGAUGGGAAGGUACCGGCUUAGUCAUUAAAGGUGGCUUUCUAGCGUUCUCCAAGUUGGUUCCCGAAAUGAUCGAGUCUGGGCCAAUUCAAUCUGCCAAAGGUGCCUCCACGCAGCCACUCUCGAUUUCGGCAGGUAAGGAUACCCUAGCGGUGGCCGGUGGUUGCACCAUGCCCGCAGAGCAAUCGGCUGCCAAUCCCUUCUUCGGAAACAUUCGCCAGAACACAGAUCUCCUGGAUGGCGUUGGACAAAUGCCAAUCAAGAUGCCCAAUGACAUGUCCUCCUCGGCAGAACGCCACUUACCAAAAUGGCUACAACGUGCUUCGGCGAAAAAGGAUGAGGGCAAAGGCGUUUCGGAAAAGUUUUUGAAGAUUGAGAAGCAUGAACAAAAGCGAAUGCAGGAAGCGCUGAAUGUGCAAGUAUCCUAUGGUACACCGAGACCUGACAGGGCGAAACACAUUCAGAUCGCAGGCAUCGAGAAAGGGUCCAAAAAUCGCUACAACAACAUCUUUCCCUAUGACCACACUCGGGUCAAACUACAGGACAUCCCACAAGGCAGUUGCGAUUACAUCAAUGCCAACCAUGUCAAAGCCCGAUUCUCUAACAGACAUUAUAUCGCAACUCAAGCACCAAUUCCAGCGACUUUCAACGACUUUUGGAAAGUGGUCUGGGAACAAGAUGUACGAGUUAUCGUGAUGUUGACUGCAGAGUCUGAAGGUGGACAGGUGAAAAGCCACAAGUAUUGGAGUCCGGGAGAGUACGGCCCAUUCAAGCUGAAGGAACUGUCCGAACGAAAAGUGAGCUUGGAACCUAAGAAGCCCACAAAUAACAGUCCACAAGCAUCGUCUGCGAGCGCCAGACCUUCGCUAGGUCCUCGGAGGUCAACGACAGCCAACGUGUCUACCAGCCAAAGUUCGACAAAUGUGAAGUCGUCCGGCUCGAAAGCUUCGAGCAUUACAGUGCGCAAUUUCGCACUGAGUCAUUCUGGUCAACCUUUCCAGGCAAUGCGCGAAAUCACUCAAAUCCAAUAUGCUGAUUGGCCUGAUUUUGGAGCCCCAGCGAGUCCCAUGGAGAUUUUGGGCUUGGUGGAGCAAGUCAACAAAUACAUCAAAGCAUCAAGUCCGUCUGGUCGAUCCUCCACAAGCGGCGUUACUCCUGAAGGGCGACCACCUGUGUUGGUACAUUGCAGUGCUGGUUGUGGACGAACUGGUACAUUCUGCACAAUCGAUUCAGUGAUUGACAUGCUAAAACGUCAAAAACUUUCCAACGAUGAUCACGAGAAUGAUCGAAUGGACAUCGACGGAGGACAAGAUUGGGUAUCCCGGGACGAUGUUGAUCUUGUUGCUCAGACUGUUGAUGACUUUCGCCAUCAAAGACUCAGUAUGGUGCAAAACUUGAGGCAGUUCGUCCUUUGCUACGAGAGUGUCUUGCAAUGGUUGGCAAGUCAAGAGGGAACGAGUCCAGGCGAGAAGCAAAAGCGACCCGGGAUUCAGGAUAGCAGACGUAGCUAUCACGGUUGA